AUGGAGCCCCUCUACCCCAUCCGCCGCCUCACCCCCACCGACAUCCACCUCAUCGAGGCCCGCAUCGCCGCCAACGACCGCGAGAUCCAAACCCUCCUACGCGACAACCAGCGCCUGGCCGCCGCCCACGUCGCCCUCAAGCAGGACGCAACCGCCGCACAGGACGACCUCCGCCGCGCAUCCGCCGCCGCCGCCUCCGUCAAGGCUGACCGCGACGCCCGUGUCCGCGAGGUCUACGACCGCUCCCUCAAGCUCGAGGUGGAAGCCCGGCCCUUCGACGGGAUCGCCGCCGAUCUGGGCCGCGUCCGGGCCGCAAUCGAGGAGCUUCGGGCCGAACGCAAGGACCGAUUGGAAAAUCUGAUGGCAAUCGAGGGAGAGAUCGCGGCGGCCCAGUCCGAGCUGCGGAGGGUGCCGCAGCUCAGGUCUGAGAUCGAGGCAGCUCAGAGGGAGAUCCACCAAGGAAGAGAGGCGAUUCAGCGCGAGCGUGAGAUGCAGACGACCAACUUCCAGAUCGACCGAGCUAUGGAGAAGCACUUGGUGGCGAUGGCUCGCGAGGCUGAGAAGCUUCGAUCUGAGCUUGCUGAUGCGGAGAAGAGGGCCGUGGCCAUGGCUGCUGCUUCGGGUCUUAAUCCAGGGCCUGGAUUCGAUUUGAUCAGAUACUGA